AGUUUCGUUCUUAUACUCUGAUGGUUAGAAGCUGUUUCCGUACUUUUCGUUCAGAUAAGGAACUCUUUGACUUCCUGGCACUGCCCCUGUUUUAUAGAUCCUGUUUCCUUCGCAACAUCCUGUUGUUAUUGGUUUCCUAUACACAGUUACAUGCGUACAUAAAACAACUAUUACCAGGACUAUGAUAUUCCAGUAGAACAAAUGAACUUCAUAAUAAAGUCAUUGGAUGCAUUAUUGAUUUAGAAUGACACCACUGAAGGAACAAACUAAGGAGUGGUACAGUCAGGGGGCGGGGCUUCUUUUCUUUCUUUCUGUUUCAUUUCAUGAAGACUUAACAAUGGCUGACGAAGAGCAAAGACGCAGAGAAGAAUUUCUGAUAGAGAAAUACCCUUUCAGAAGGAACGCCUUCUUGCUUAUCAAUAAAAUGGUGGAGCUGAUGAGCCAAGCUCCAGGUGAUGUCACAGCUUUAGUGGAUGAGAUUCUUCACAGCAUCUUCUUUUUGGGAAAAAUCCACAAUCCACCAUUUUCUCCAGAAAGUAUUCUGAAUGACGACCAGAUGUUGAAUGAAUUGGAGGACCUCUUCCCUCGGCCUUUUGACCUCUGUUCCUCUCAGCUACCAAUGCGGAGUCCGUUUUCAUGUGUGCUAGACAUGGUUAUCCACCUGACUGGACGAGAGAACGAAUUCGAAAUCAUAGAUGGCCUGCGCGCGCUCAUCAGUGAGCUGGACCUCAGUGAGGAUCUGGUCUCCUCCACCAUCUGUGUCUCUCACAGAACCGAUAUUAAUGGUCCAGUCAAGUACUAUGGAGUCUCCAUGUCCGCUCCUGGCCGUCUUCCUAGGAAAAUCAUGAUUGCUGCGUCCUGUAUUGGCACCUGGGACAGGUAUGUAGCCGGUGCAGUGAUGACCUACUUUCCCUCAAAGAAGAAAGACUUUGAUGGAACUAUCCAACUUCCAAAGCGUGUCAGGUGCCAGGCGUUUAACCUCCGGAAGAAGGAAGAAAAGCCUCCUUGUGGAUCAUGUGGCAAUUUGUUUGGUUUGACACCAUGUGAAAAGAAGGAGUGGGUAUAUGGCAAUUGUGCCGAAGUUGAAAGUUUGAGCAACUUGUUUAAAUAUGUGGAUGACGUCAAAGUGAGAGCGCGACCAGCAUCUAGGAUGUACUCGGAUGGGGUAAUGCUUCUGCUUGAAAGGCAUGUGAAGAAAGAGCUCACUAACUGGCUUAAUCAUCGGGAAUUUACGUGGAGCAAUACUUUCUACACCCCUCAAUGUCUCUGAUCUUAAAAGGAGACAUGAUUGAAUAGCCUAUUAAAUAGUGAAGUAGGCCCACAACUCCCGUGAUCUUUUUUUAUUAUGACGUGAACAACAAUUAUUUUUAAUGUGAUUCUUUAUCAGUAAAACGCCAAUCAUAUCCUUGUGAUCAUAUAGGCACUGAAAUUCCCACGUGGGGCCGAUCACAACAGACGCUUCAAAAACGCUCCCUGGCAACAGCUGAUCAGCUUGUGGAGAGGGGGUGCGCGCGCAACCAGGCGAGCAAACGUAAAUAUCGGGGGGGCUGGGGGAUGUGUCAAUGCAGACAUCGAUCACUUCUUAAUCUUCCUCGUAAUUAACUACCAAUAAUAUCAAUGUCUGUUCCAACCACAUCUACCAGCAUAAAAACAGGAAGUAAAGUAAAGUAGUAAAGCCCGCCCCUCGCUUCAUUUGAUUGGCUGCCGAGCGCUGAAAAGUUGAGGAAUAUUUGAUCUUUUAUAUACACACCAGUACUACAGGGAAACAGUGUUUUUAUAUUGUAUCGUUUUUAUCAACGCUUAUUGUUAAUUAUCCGGCUGCUUAUAAGAAAUAAAGACAUGCAUGCAUUCAUGGCUGUCAACUGUCUGAAUGCAAAGCAGGCAGAAGAUAUAAAAGUUCAUGUAUUGAUCCUGUCAAUGGCAUUAAAAUCCCAAAGAUUGUUCA